AAUUUGAGAGGAAAAAAUUUUAACCAAAAAAGUCAAUCAAACUUGAAGAAAAAUGAAUGAAUGAUUAAUCGACGUUUAAGUGUAAAUAUAAUAAACGAGUCUCUAAUCAAUUUUGCAACCUUUUUACUGCCAUUUUAUCAGUUGCUUCUUUUGCUCUCAUUUUCUGUUUAUCUUACCUUUCAGUUUGAACGAGAAAAAAACAGUCAAAUCUGAUUGAUAAUCAUUAUCCUCAUAACUUUUUACGUUAUAAUUUCACCGUACUUCUCUUGUGCUCUUCAACAACCAAUAACCUCAACCUUCAAGUGCAACAAGUGUUGGUAAAAGUUGAACCAGGCAAAACUGAUAAUGAUUGCGAUUCAUCAUUUGUUGGUCAAACUGAUGCUCUUGCUGUCGACAAUUGCACUGAUUGAUCCAAUAACCGGAGUCUACUCAGAUUCAUCUCAAGUUUGGUUAACUGUUUCAUCUCGAGUCCACAAGAAAAACAUUUUCUCAUCAACUUACAUCCAAAGAGAAUUGGAACUCAAUUGGAAUUCAAUUCCAAUUACACCAACAACAUGGAUAGGAUUAUUCGACCAUCAACCUGACUCCAAUUCAACCCUUGACCCAGCCAAAGCCAUCUAUUCAUUUACCAAUCUCGAGACAAGCUCAGGAAAACAUGAAACCAACAUUCAGUUUCCAGUUUUCAGGUUCAAUCAAGGUCCACUUACUUCUGGUUGUUUAAAGUAUUUUGUUGCUUGGAUUGAAGAUGGUCAGGUUAAGCAGACCAACUGCAUUCCCAGUCGACCUUUUUGGAUGGCUCAACACAAGCAAACCAUUGGGAGUAAACCCUUGUCUUCCCUGAUGUUACCCGGAACCCACAAUUCUGGCAGUUAUUCGGUUGGUUAUGAAACGGGUUUGUUAAACAGACUUUUGAAUGCUUACUCGCUUUGUCAAGAUGAAGAUGUUUUUAAUCAACUUGUCUACGGCAACAGAUAUUUGGACAUUCGUAUUAUGUAUGAUCCAAAGCAUGGCGAAGACUUUUGGAUUGCUCAUGAUUUUUAUCCAAUAGAUAAGACGGUUCGUGAGGUAUUACUCCAAAUUAAACAAUUCAUGGAUUCAACAAGUGAAGAGGUUGUUAUAUUGGAUUUUCACCGAUUCCCACUUGGCUUUGAGUCUAAAGGCCAGAUAAACAUGACUCGUCACAAUGAUUUACUCAAUCUGGUUGAAUCCAUUGUUGGUGACCAUUUGACGGAGAACACAGGUGCUUCAAAUUAUCAGAAAACCCUCGAUUCUAUUGUGUCAACUGGACGUCGGCUCAUUUUAGGACACGCAGAAUACUUGAGGAUGAGUAGACCAUAUUUAUUUCCAGCAGUUAAACAACUAUGGGCCAAUACAGAUUCAAUUACACAACUUUCCAGUUAUUUAAAUCGAACCAUUUGUUCAUCGUCUGGUCCUUCAGCAGCAAUGGCCGAGCUGACUCCGAAUGCAGUCAAAUUCCUGACCUAUGGCGGACUUCGUAAACUGGCUCAAUCAGUCAAUUAUCUAGUUACCAAAUGGUUCCGCGAUGACUGGUACAAUAGAUGUGCCAACAUUGUAGCCACCGAUUAUUUCCUUGGUAAUAAUAUAAUUGAGAUUGCCAUAAAUUCCAAUACGAAACGUCCAUCUUGAUUGUCAAUAGAAUCACAGUGAUAAUUAGCCAUUGUUUGAAUCCGUCCACAAUUUGAAUAAGCAAUAUCAAUGCUUAUUCAGAAUAUAUUUUAGCCAAGUAAAUUAUUAAUCGAUCUAAAAAUAUGAAAAAAACAGAAAUUACUAUAAUGUUUAUAAAUGAUUUAAUAAAAUGUUUUUACAGUUCCAACUCAA